CCGUUUGAGCACAUCGGUUGGGGCGGGGCUUCCGGUGCCAUGCCGAGGCCGUCAUCUUGGCUGCCCUGUGGUAUGUUCUUGUCAGAGAAGGUCCGAGAGGAGGCGCCGUCCGCUAGGCGGGGAGGCGGGUCUGACGCCCGGCGACGCCGCCCAGGAGCUCCGCGCCAGGUUCGCUUCUUCUCCCGCCGCCCGGCCCCGCUGCGUCCACGGAGCCCGAUGGCGGCGGCCACGCUGGGGGCCCCGCCUCAGGUCCCCAUGACUGCAGAAGCACGUCUGGAACCCAAGCAGGGCAAUGUGACGUUUGAAGAUGUGGCCAUCUACUUCUCCUGGGAGGAAUGGGGGCUCCUUGAUGAGACUCAGAGACGCCUGUACCGUGAUGUGAUGCUGCAGAACUUGGCAGUUAUAACCUCCCUAGGUUGUUGCCAUGGAGUGCCGAAUGAAGAGGUCCCAUUUGAGCACAGCAUUUCUGUACAAAGGAUAUCACAAGUCAGGACUCCCAAGGCUGCUCUCUCUUCCAAGAAGGCCCAUCCCUGUGAAAUGUGUGGCCUGAUCCUGAGAGACAUUUUGCACUUGGUUGAGCACCAGGGAACACUUGACAGGCAGAAACUUCACAGGUGUGAGGCAUAUGGGAAACAACUGCAUGUCAGGGAAAACUUUUUUCAUCACCAGAAGCAGUGUAUUGGAGAGAAACACUUCAGGAACCAUGUGGACAGAGCCUCGUUUGUGAAGAACUGCAAAUGCAAUGUGUCAGGAAAGCCAUUUAUGUUCAGGGUGAUUGGGAAGGACUUCUUGGCCAGCUCUGAAUUUCUCCAGCCACAGGCCACUUACACCAAUGAGGGGUCAACCAGUCAGACAGAGUGUGGUGGGACAGAGUGUGGGGUAGACAUUCAGAGGGCAAUAACUCAUAACAACUGGAAAGGAUGCACAAAAGCCUUGAGCUGCAGACACACACUUAUUCAGCACCAGAGACUGAUCACUAGAGAAAGAUGGUUUAUGUGCAGUGAAUGUGGGAUAUCCUUUAGCAGAAGCAGCAGCCUCAGUCAACAUCAGAAAGUUCAUGCUGGUCAAAGAACUGUUGACUCUGAAGGAUGUGGAAUAUUACCUAAAAUGUCUCCCCUUGUUGAACAGCAGAGGAGUAACACGAGGGAAAGGCCUUACAAAUGUACAGAAUGUGGGAAGUCAUUUACCAGAAGUUUCAGUCUCGUUGAACAUCAGAGAGUUCACACUGGAGAAAGGCCUUAUGAUUGUGGGGAAUGUGGCAAGUCCUUUACACGAAAGUCCAACCUCAUUAUACAUCACAGAAUUCACACUAGAGAAAGACCAUAUGAGUGCAAGGAAUGUGAUAAAUCAUUUGUUCAGAGGUCUGCCCUCAUUCAACAUCAGAGAGUUCACACUGGAGAAAGGCCUUAUGAUUGCAGUGAAUGUGGAAAGUCUUUUACCCGAUUCUUUGCACUCUGUCAACAUCAGAGAAGGCACAUUGGUUUAAGGCCCUAUGAAUGCAUUGACUGUGGAAAAUCCUUUGCUGAAAAUUCCAGACUCAUUAAACACAGGCGAAUUCACACUGGAGAAAGACCUUAUGAAUGCAGCAAAUGUGGAAAAGCAUUUUGCCAAAAUUCUUCACUCCUUAGACACCAGAGAGUUCACACUGGAGAAAAGCCUUAUGUGUGUGGGGAAUGUGGGAAAUCUUUUGGGCAAAAGACCAUCCUAAUUCAGCAUUGGAGUGUUCAUACUAUAGAAAGACCUUAUAAAUGUUGGGAAUGUGGGAAAUCCUUUAGGCGAAAGUCUGAACUUACUCAACACCAGAGAGUUCACACUGGAGAGAAACCAUAUGAGUGUGGGGAAUGUAGGAAAUCAUUUAGCCAAAAGUCCAAUCUCACUAUGCACCUCAUAGUUCACACCAGAGAGAGGCCAUAUGAAUGUAACCAGUGUGGUAAAUCAUUUAGCCAAAAAGCUACACUCCUAGCACAUCAGAGAAUUCACACUGGAGAAAGACCCUACAAGUGCAGUGAAUGUGGAAAAAGUUUUAGCCACAGCUCUGCAUUCCGUCAGCAUCAGAGAAUUCACACUGGAUCAAAGCCUUAUGAGUGUACUGUAUGUGGGAAAUCUUUUGCUGAAAACUCUAGACUCAUUAGACACAGGAGACUUCACACUGGAGAAAGGCCUUAUGAGUGCAGCAAAUGUGGAAAAGCAUUUAGCCAAAGUUCUUCACUCAGUCACCAUCAGGGUUCACACAGGACAAAAGCCAUAUAAGUGCAUGGAAUGUGGGAAGUGCUUUGUAAAAGACUCCAGCCUCAUUAAGCACAGGAGCAUUCAUAGUGUACAAAGUUCUUAUGAUGAAAUAAAUGUGGAAAAUCCAUUAUGAUUUCAGUCUCAUAAAAAUGCAUAAUCACAGUUGAUAAUGACCUUGAGUAUGGUGAAUGUUGGAAAUCCUGUAGCCCAAACCGUAGCCUUUUAUACACUGGAGAGUUCACACUGAAACACAGCCUUAUGAGUGCACUGAUUGUGGAAUUGCCUUCAGUUCAUCAGGUACCACUAAAUUCACUUCAGAAAAACAAUAGAUGUGCUAGAAAUGUGUUAUUUCUUGUUGGUAUAGACACACUGGGGGAUCCCUUUAUGAGAGUGCUUUCUGCCUUGACCUUCAGAUACUUGAUAAACCAAGUACAUUCCGGAUUUGUGGGAGUUGCAUUGCACUUUUUAAUCUUCCCAGGACCUUUGCCAGAUUACAGUUCUGAUGGUUCUGGUGCUCAUCAUUUCCCUGCUACAGUGUGUCCAGGGAAGCAAACCUCAGUGUUUCCCCAGUAUGGGAAGGAUGUGUAAGAACCCUGAAUAUUCUUUCCUUUAUAGUUUCUUUCUCUGAGAAAUCAUGUCACUGACCUGACCAGUUUUUGGUCCGGAAGACUCCACUGGUGACCUGAAAACAUGAGCUGCCUUUUUCAGUUCUGUUUUCAUCUCAUGACUCUUGUGAUGGAAUUUUUCCUGCCCUUCAAAGACUCCAGCCCAGGUGCAGCUUGCCUCCCAUUGCUGUUGCUGUGUGGAAAUGGAGGCCUCACUCUUUAAGCCAUUUUUAGUCUUGUGGCUGUAUUCACUGGAUGUGGAGAUUUGAUAUCAACUGGGUUCUGCUAACACAAAGGGGUAAACAGCUGUUUUGGGGAUCCCAAACUGUGUGCCUCAAAGGGGGACAGUAUCAUGGCAGAAUACAGCACUCUCCAGUUCUGCUUUAGUUUGCAUUGCUGCCCAAGGCCUCCAAGAAUGCAGGAAAUUGUGGUCCAAUUUGUAGCCUGGAUACCAUGGUAUUUUGUGGGCCCAGACAUUAGUCUGUGAAGGAGGCAGUUGUGAUACCCUUGGUGCUUCUGAGAGAAACAUGGAAUUGUUUUCGUAUUUACAGCAGGUGUUGCAUUGUGCUCAGCACUGGUGAGGAGAACCUGUUCCCUGGGUUUUUGCAGUGGAGCCAUGUUCCCUGAUGUCCAAAUUGCCAUAGAGUAGCAUUGCAGGUUAUGUGAUUGUAUGGGCCAGGCACUCAUACUUUCACAGAAACACUGGAUUUAUAGGGAGGGGAAGAGAUUUCCACAGAGAUAAACUUCCUUUAAAGGGGCAUGCAGUAAGUUCCAGUCAUUAUGCCUAAAGGAUGAGCAGAAACAAAUUCUUAAGUCCUCCAGAAGUAUGGAUCUUGUGUACUGAGGUCAUUAUGAGAGGAAAAAAUCUAAAUAUUUUAUGAUUUCCUUAGCCUUUCUGGGCUGUUCACCUCAAGGUUAUUGCUAUGCAGGAAAAUAAGGACAGAGGCCAGCUCUGUGGCCUUUUCUCCAGCCGUCAUUCCUGUUGAAUCAGGUGGAAACUGCCUUAUUGCUGGCCAGUAUUUGCUGCCAGAGGUAAGGUGUCCUUGCAAGGCUCAAGCAAAGGGGUGCUGGAAGCAAUACAGUUUGCCAGGUUGAUAAUCUAGAGUUGUAGGAAAUCCUGAAUUUUAUUUUGAACCAUAUUUUUAGAGCCUUACUAAGUCGUAAAUGCUAUGCUUGUUAUAUUUAAAUUGUACUAUUGCAUAAGUUUUGAUAUUCAUUAAACCCACAAAACCACCACCACAGUCAUGGUGAUGAACCUCUCCAACGCUCCGUAGUACCCUAUAAUACAUGAGGUAUUGUGUGUCACCUUACAUAAUACAUCUCUCCUCCUGCUACCCUCCCUGCAACCAGUAGUUCACUUUCCCUUAUACUAUGUUAGUUCCCAUUGUCUAGAAUUUUAUUUGAUUCUUCUCAAAGUGUUUAUUAUUUUUUUCCCUGAAUAGCCUCAUUUGGCUUAUUCAUUUUGGGAAUCUCAGUGGUGUGGAUAUGAGUAGUUCAUCCUUUUUGUAUUGCUGAGAAGUAUCGUGUUGUGUGGAUGUGCCCCUAGUCUUGCAUCUGUUUAUGCACAUUGAGUUUUCCAUUUUUUGACCAUUUUAAAUAAAACCACUAUAGAGUAUAUGAAACCAGUUUUUCAUAUACAUGUGUUUCAUUUAUCUCAUGCUAAUAUUUUGGAGUGCAAUGCCCGAGUCUCAGGGUGGGUGAAUAGACAUCUCUUUAAGAAAUGCCAGGCUGUGAUUCAUCUCCAGUGGUUGGACCCUUUUGUAUUCCUGUCAGUAGUGUGAAGACAUCUGGUUCUUCCAUAUUCUUGCCAAAAGUGGCUAUGUUUGGUAUUUUUAAAUUUUCCCCUUCAAAUAAAUGUGUAAGCUUAUCUC